UGGUUAUAGGUUAUUUCAUAUAAUAAUAUAAGAGCAAGUUAAAUUUUUGUUACUGAAAUAAGUUCGUGUAACAUUUAAUUUCAUAUUUAUAUGAAUGAGUUGUGUUAAUAUUAAUAAUAAUUAUCAAUUAUUUGCUAGUGAAGAUGGAUUCUGAGAAUGAAGAAAACGGAAUAGAUAAAUCUUUUUCCACCUUGACUAACUGCAAACAUGAAUUCCAGGAUGAUUCUGAUUUUCAAUUUGAGACGUUCCUCACAGAUGAAGACACUGAUUGCGACGAAGACUUUGAAGACAAUUUGGUAUAUUCUAAUAAUUCAAAAGAGGGAGAAAUAGAAAUCUCCAAUUUUGAAGAUGUCUUGAGUAUUCAAUCAGAUAUAUCUCAAAACUGUUCAUCAACAUCUGAAGAUUGGAAAGCUUUAAUUAAUUCCCAAAAUUUUGAAUUACAAAAUGUAAUGACAAAAAAUCGUGAAGAAAGAGUAAUGUUGCUGAAAAUGUUCCAUAGAAUAAAGGAAAAUCUUAAUGAUAUUCAAAGUAAAAUAAAACCUUUACGAGAAUUAUGUGGAAAAAAUGAACCAAAAAAAACUUAUAACAUGUACUUAGGAGAAAUUGGAGCCCCCUAUUUCAAAACUAAAAAGGACCAUUUUUGUAAUAAUCCCAAUCUAGACACAUUGAAUCGUAAAAAAGAGGGCGUCUUCUCAAUUUAUCAAACGAUAUUGGCCCCAAAGUGGUCUAAAAAUGAAUGUGAUAAUCUAAUAAGGGGUGUAAAAUUAACAUAUAAUCUCAAUAAACAAAAAGCUCUUCUAAAAGAAAAAGCUACCAUAAAACGAAUGUUGAAUAAUGACUUGAAUUCAGAAAUGAUAUCUCAAAACAUUGAUAGACUUGAACAAUUGGAUGAGGACAUUAGGAAUCUAGAAGCAAUUGGAAUAAAUGAUUUACCUCCUUUAUUAGGGAAUGAAUAUAUAGAUUGGUAUCAUAUAUCUACAGAAUAUUUAAAAGAUAAACACACUGCCCAGGAAUGUUCCUCUUUUUGGCACAUUUAUUUACAUCCUAACAUAAGUAAGUCUAACUGGUCAAGUGAAGAAAAUGAAAGUAUAAAAAAUUUGGCAGUAAAAUAUAAGAAUCAAAAUUGGGAUCUGAUAGCAGAGGAACUUGGUACACAUCGCAGUGGAUUUUCUGUUUUUCUUCACUACUCCAGUGUUUUAUGUAAUCAAAAACUAAGAGUUCGAUUCACAGAGGAAGAGGACAAAAAUCUCUUACAACAUGUGGAAAGUAGAAGAAAGGGAUGUUAUGUUCCUUGGAAUACAAUUGCUGGAUUAUUUCCAAAUCGAACCAAAACGCAAUUACACCAUAGAUAUAAAUAUUUCUUGUCAAAUUCUAAUCAUCGUACUUCAGAUUUCUCGGAAGCUGAGGACAUCCUAAUAAUGCUUUUAGUUGAACGUUUUGGUCGAAAAUAUACCACGUUCACAAGUUACCUGCCGUCCAAAUCAUACAUGCAAAUAAAAUCGAGAUAUGAUAAUCAUUUGAGACUAAAAAGAAUAAGAGGUGCUUUUACUUUAGAAGAGGAUGAACAAAUAUUGAGGCAUUUUAAUAAAAUGAGUGGUGAAAUAACACCCCUUAUGAUGCAAAUGAAUAGAAAUAGACUGCAACUAAGACAAAGAUAUAAGACAUUAAAAGAAUAUUUCAACAAAAACCCAGGUAAAUCUUUAGAAGACAUUCCACGAAGAAAAGCUAGAACAGAUGAAACUUCCCGAAAGUUAGAAUUCUUACAACAUAUGGUGGAUCGAUUAAAAGAUGAAAAUGAAAUUCCUACUAUUGGUGAGAUUGAAUUAAAACUAGGACAGACAAAAACAAAACAAUCAAAUAAUGAUCAUGAUUUAGAUGCAUUGCUUACAAAUUUUUUCAAUACUUCACAUACAAUCGAACAGAAAUCCCUAGAAAUAUCCUCUAUUCAAAUCCAAAAUGCUGCAGAUACAAUGUAUAGUAUACUUCAACAUUGGGGAGUCAAUCUUCAAAUUCCUUCAGAAUUAAAAAAAAAUAUAACAUUGGAUAUAAUUGAUAUUGAAAUUUUAAAUUUGUUGAGAGAUAAAUAUCGUUCAGAUAUUCCAAGAUCUUCAAGCACCAUAAAUAAUAUACUUCCUCCCAAUACCAAUUCCCUCAUUGGUUUAAGAGGUUUACUGUUGGAAGAUCAAUCAUUCAAAAAAACUAAGAUGAAUCUAACCCUGAAAGAUAAACUUUCUGCUAGAAGUGAUACAACACAUAAUGAAAAAUGCCUUUUUUUGAAUAGAUUUAUUUCUACAUUCAUGUGGUCAGGAUUACUUUCAAUUGAAUCUCCAAAUAUUCAUCUAUCAGAAACAAAAUCAGAAAUGAAUAAUUCAGGAAAACGUAAAGAAAAUAGAGGAGAUAAAAGCAAAAAUAAAGGAAUAAAAAGAAAGUUAAAAGAUACUCACAAUAAUUCGACCACAAAUAAAAUACAGAAAAAGGAAUAUAACCAACACACAGAACAACAAAGAUUUAGCUCACGACUGAGAAAUAAGAAACAAAUAUCAGAGACAAAUGAAGAAAUAUUAAAAAAAAAAUGUCAAGCAUCAGGAGCACCUCUUAAUGAGAAUGUAAGCCACCAAUCCAGUUUAGAACAUAUGAACUGUAUUACAAAAAUUCAAACAAUGGAAAAGUUAACAAAUAGGGAAACUUUCAAGAAUUCAAAAAUUAACUUGAAUCAAAGUAGCUCUCAAAUUAUUCCAUCAAAUCUUACGAAAAUUGAUAAAAGUGAAAUAGUUAAAUUACUACAGGGUAAAAAACCAGUGAAAAUAUUCAAAAUUCAAAGUAUCAAGAAUCAAGAUGGUAGUAUAUCUACUAUAACGAAACCUUCGAAUAUAAAAAUCAAUGAAAAAAAGCAAAACAUUGAAGAAUUAAAAAAACUAGGAGUUUCGGAUUUAAUUGCUCUAGCUGAUAAUAUAAAGAACAACACUGAAGCAAACCGGAAUAAUUGUAGUCAGAAUACAAAUACACAGAAUAAUGUGCUUAUGGAUUUGAAUGAUAUGAAAAUGACGCUCAAGAAUUCUAUCAGGAACAAUAGUGGAAGUAAACUUUGCUCUGAUAAAAAAGAUUUGGGUUGAGGUGAAAGACAGAGAGUUAUAGGUGAAAUCCCAGAAAGUCUAAAUAAUGGUACAAUCUAUUUGUAUAAAAAUAAAGUGAGAUCUGGGAUGAAUUUACAUUUUACCGAAUCUAUUUGACUCAACUACUUGAAUAGUACCUGUUAUUGGGAGAAAUGUUACUAAGUUAUUAUUUAUAUUAAAAAUGAAUCUUUAAUCAAAUAAUUUAUUAUGUAUCAAUAAAGUUAUUAUCAAAAUAUA